AAUAUGGAGAAAGACAGUUUUUUUUUUCUCAGUGACUUUUACAUUUGUAACACGUCAUACGUUUCAGUUGACAUCAUCAUGUGGGAGGUGGUGAUCCCCAAACAGCACAGGGAGACCGACCCUAAUUGCAAAUGCACAGAAGAGAUUGCGGAAGUGGAUCAGGACCAAUCACGUGACUCUUCCCCUGGCCAAAGGAGUGAUAUGGAAUUAAUGGAAUAUGCGGAUCUUCCAAAGCUGCAGGAGGCUCCAGAAGAGAAAGAGAUGACGGCGAUUUAUCAAAUGGAGGCCGGCGCGGGGUGUCGCGCGCACUCAGGGGACACUCGCUGGCUGACGCAGCUGGCUCACAUUGCCACGGGGCCUCAAAGCCCGCUCCUACAGGAGUCUACCCGCAGCAGUUCCUCUUCUGCGCGAAGUUAUCUGCAUUCGUACGCCCGGCCACCGCCUUCGAACUCCAGCAGAGGCAGGAUGAACAGCGAAUGUGGCUCUGCGCUAUCCACCAGAUCGUCGCUGUCCGAUGACGAGGACACGGCCUGGAGUGUCUCCUGGCCUGCCACUGCCUGGCAUUGCUUUCUGAAAGGCACUCGCCUGCGUUUCCACAGCGGCUCCCAUGUCGAGUGGCGCAAUGUUGAGGACAUUCAGUCUGAAAAUGAGGACCAGUCCAUAUCCUUGAAGAGUUACGGCUGUGAGGGUUUGCAGCUUGUGGCGCAUUCGGAAAACGUGUUGUCUGGUCAGGCCACCUUGCAGCUGACCUUUGACCCCGGCGCCUUCGGACACGGCUUGCUGACUGCGCGCUGUCAACUCGACCACCCGUUUUACGUUAAAAACAAAGGUUGGUCGUCAUUCUACCCGAGCUUGACCGUAGUGCAUUAUGGGAUAGCGGGCUAUGAAAUGGAGCUCGGCGACGUCUGCCUUCCUCCCGGUCACAGAGAUGCCGAACAUACGGAUGACUCGCUUGUCUUUGACACAUUCAAAAGUUACGAUUUCACACCGAUGGACUCUUCGGCGGUUUACCUGCUGAGCAGCAUGGCCCGACGGCGAUAUGCCUCCCAGUCCAGCGGGGGCGCCGUUUCUCCCGACAGAGACGCAUUACAAGGCGCUCCCAAGCCCGGCCACUCCCGCUGUCCUCACCGCAAGCCAAUCAAAAGACAAAAUGUCCGCCAACCAGGAAGUAACCCCACCGCAACGAAGUGCAAGCGGCCAAUGAACGCAUUCAUGCUUUUUGCCAAGAAGUUCAGGGUGCAGUACACGCAGAUGCACCCGGGCAAGGAUAACAGAGCCAUCAGCGUGCUCCUCGGCGAGCGCUGGAAGAAAAUGCGAAGCGAAGAGCGCCGUGUGUUUACCUUACAGGCCAAAGAGCUCGCCGAUGAACAGAAGAGGCUCAACCCUGACUGUUGGAAACGCAAACGCACCGACUAUCAGGGUUUCCAAGGGGACAAGUAAAGACAACUGCGACGAGAUGCACAGUCGCAAAUUGCAAAGCUACUCACUCGAUUGUGCUUUAGGGUACUCAUGAUUAGCUGUGUAAGUCUAGUUUACGGCUGGGACUUUUUUUUUUUUUUUUCGUCUCAUCGACGGAUGACCAGGCCCAUCAUCUUUUUAAAAAUCAAAUCCGAGACAAAGAGUUUGGCCACCCUUGAUAUAAAAUGUUCUCUUUUAUAGCUUAUGCUUUAAAAUCGGUGCUAUGGUGGCUUACGUGCUU